AGAAGGGCAAGCAAGCAAAGUGUUCCUCAGACAGAAGAGGUUCAGUUGUGUGACUCAUCCAGAACAUUCCUAGGGAAGACUUGGAAUAUUAUGGAAGAAACUUGGUCCAGAGAUGGGCAGUCCUAAAGAACUACAGAGAUUACAGCUGUCAAAACCAGAUGUUGGCAGCGAAAGCAUUUCCCUUCGAUCACCCAUAUCAUCCAGGAUCUGGCAGGCAGAAGAUCCUACACGCCAUUUAGGGUUCACUGGAGAGGAUGUAAGCAUGAGAAAUUUCUGUGCCAGCGUACACGGUGAUAAUGAUUUUAUGGAAGGAAGUUUUAGCUUUGAUACUGAAGGAGAGAGCUUUCUAGCAGCACAAAGGGACAAUUCUGUGGAUACAGUUUUGGAAGUUCAGGAAGAGCAAAUGUCAUUAAAACAACAUGAUUGUAGCACGGAUUUGAGCAGGUCUGGGAGAUCCUUGGCAGAGUGCGCAUUCACUCCCUCCCGGGAUAAAGAAAUAGCACAAACAGACUUUAAAACCUCAAAAGAUGUCCUAGAAUGUACAGACAUUAAACAGGACAGCAUUAAAACAGCAGGGAUCUCCUGUGAAAGUAUAAUAUAUGGCAGCAAGGUUACCGGUGAGAAAACCCACUGUGAAUCUGUGCCAGAAGGAGAACGUUUACAUAUUGUGGUUGAACCUUCGAGUGAAUUGAAAACAGAGCUUAGUACUGAAACAAGGAUAUCAAAAAACAAAACAUCUCACACAAAUGAGACUGGAUAUGAAUCUUGCAUGCCUUCUGCACCGGACACCAGCAUUUCACCUUCAAACGUUUCUUCUUCAGUGGAACCCGCAAAAGCCACUCCCCAGUUACCCCCACACUCUGGUGAAAGAAAGGAACAUUCUAACAAUUCUUGUGCAAAUUCAAAUGCAGGUACCACUAUGAAUACAUGCAAAGUCUCUGGAUCAGAAGGUCAAAAUCCUUUAGAUGGAACCUUAUCAGACACACCAAAGCAAGACAAAGAGAAUAUCAGCAAUGAAAAAAAACACGAAACCUCAUCAGAUGGAAACAAAGGCUGUAAGGAGACUGCCGGUUGGGACAAUAGUACAAAAACACAGUAUUGCGAGCAGGUGACUCCCAGGAACAACAUUAGCGCACAGUCCAACAAGGUGGAGUACAGAUCUAUUGCUGUAAGCCCCAUUAUUCCUCCAGGGAGUGGAACAUCUUUUACAUUUCAUUCUGGAGUGGAAACUAUAGGGACUUCAUCUGAUACAAAUUCUCAUAAUGUCGGGACAGCUAAUCAUAAGGAGCAGCUACCUAAAACAUAUUCGUUUGAGCUCACUCCUCCCAGUCAGGAAGUCAGUGCAGAUACAACAGUGCAAUUUAGGUCUAUAGCAGUAAGUCCCAUUAUUCCACCAGAUGGGUCAGAAUCAUUUACAUUUCAACCAGAACCCAGCUCCCAAUCCACUAUAUCUCAACAUGGUUUUGGCACAGAUCAGAGAACAGACAAAACAUGUGUUGAUAGUUUUCCAAAAACAUGUUCAUUUGAACUAACACCUCCAAGUUUAGAUGUUGGAACUGAGACCAGAGUGGAGUGUAAAUCUGUAGCCGUGAGUCCCAUUAUCCCACCAGAUGGAACUUCAUUUACAUUCCAAACAUUAAAAAGCACCUCUAAUGUUACACCAGGUGCACAGAACAAACAAAGUAGUAAUGUACUCUCAAAAACAUACUCUUCUGAGUUGACUCCAAUUAAUCAAGAUGUAGGGACACAGGCAGACAACAGAGUAGAAUGUGUUUCAGUAGCAGUUAGCCCAAUUAUUCCUCCAGAUGGAUCACCUUCUUUUAUUUUUCAAUCAGAACAAAAGCAUCAGGAAAUUGGCAUGAACAUUGCAGGCAAAGCAGGAGAAAAUGAGUCUAUUUCCUCAGCUACAAAUCUACAGCAUCAGAAAGGAACCACUGAAAUGCAGAACCAGACCAUUCGCACCAGAGCCCAAUGUGUCUCUGUGGCAGUCAGUCCUAUUGUUCCUCCAGAUGGAGCUUCUUCUUUUACGUUCCACACAGAAAAAGAUACUAAAGACAUAGAUAACCUUUCUAAGACUUACUCGUUUGAGCUCACACCUCCUGAUGAGGAUGCUCGGACAGGUAAAAAGGUGGAAUACCGAUCUGUGGCUGUAAGUCCUAUUGUUCCACCUGGUGAAUCUUCUUUUACUUUCCAAACAGAAAAACAAAACAUGUUGCCCAAAACAUGCUCAGUUGAGAUAACACCACCAAGUCAGGACAUUGGCACUCAAGCUAACAAAGUCGAAUGUGUGUCUGUUGCUGUAAGCCCAUUUGUUCUGCCACAGGAGUCCUCUACUUUCACAUUCCAAACAAAACAGACUGAUCCAGAAUCAAGUGCACUUCCAGAGGCUAAGUCACUUCAGCUUAAACCUCAGAGUCAGGAUGUUGGAGUUCAGGUUGACAUAAGUGUACUGUGCACAUCAGUAGCUGUUAGUCCGUUUGUACCCUUAGAUGGGUCUUGCUCUUUCAUAUUUCAAACUGAGGCGAUAAAUCAAGGUGCUUCAAGUUUAGGAUGUUCCAAUGUAAAGCCUAGCUUAAAGGAUGCAGAAAUGCAAGUAUCUAUUAGAGUUGAAACCAAAUCUGUCGCUACUGACCCAAUGACACCCACUGGCAAGUCUCCCCACACUUCUUAUCCUGAAGUCCGUGUAAAAGAUCCCAAAGGAGAUCACCCAGAACCGGUACGAGAGGUUAGUUGGGACGAGAAAGGGAUGACUUGGGAAGUGUAUGGAGCAUCCAUGGAAGUAGAAGUUUUGGGGAUGGCAAUACAGAAACAUCUGGAAAAGCAGAUUGAAGAACAUGGCAGGCAGAAAGUGAUGACCCCUCAAAACACAAGAGGGAGCUCAGUUCGAGGAACCACAGUAAAAAGUGAGACCAAAAGGCAACCCAAUGCUUUUCGCUCAUGCUUUUCGCACAGAAAGCCUCGCUGCUGUUCACGAUCUGCCCCUGCAGUGGAGUAACUAAAAAAAAGACGCAAAAGCAAAAAAAUAAAAAAAAAAUGGAAAAAUAUAAAUAUUUUGAGAAAACAGAAAGUCUUAAUGUGUCUCCCACAGCUGUUAUGUUAAAUCUCAGUUGACUGAGUUGACAAGAGAAAGAAGAAACAUUGGACAUCAAAGAUGCAACUUGGAAGACCAUUCUGGAACUGCGAAGGGACCUCGUUCUAAGGACUGAUGUGACAUUCUGCCAAAUGAGCCAAACACUUUAAGUAAAAACAGUGAAAAAGGCUAUACCAAGACAAGCAGACGAAGUUAACAGUGUCUUAUUUAAAACUGGGGGAAGCGAAUAAGACAGUAAGAAUGUAAAAUUUGCUGCUUGGUGAGAUUUAAAAUAUGUCAUCUAAAGUUUUCGAAGCACAGAUCUGUACAGCAACCAGUUUAUCAGACAAAACAAUAUUGUAUAUUGGACCUGUAUGCUAAGCUGACCCACGAGUAUUGUUCUUAAUUAAGUGGUAACAGUUCUCUUGUUGUACCUGUGUUGUCUUUCCAGUUUGAUGUAUUUGAUACCAUUUUUUACAAGAUUAGGGUAUUAGGAUUUUGCCAGAUUAAGACCUUAUUGGUUUGAUCGGUAGGUUAGAAGUUCAGAGAUUUUGAUAUGAUUCAAACAUUUGCAAUAUGUUCAAGUGAUAAAUGCCAUAAUCCUCCAUUUAUAUACUUGGUUAUGGGGAAGACACAUCGAUGCAUAUUCUGUAUAAUUGUUUGAGAUACUAUGUCGCUCUUCAUUUUCGCUGUGACAGUUUAAAACAGUAUUUUAGUUGGGAAACCUAUUGGACCAUUGCCAUAUCCAAGAGGUGACUUUUUUCCUACUCUACACAUUGUACGCACAGAUAAUUUAACUUGUAUUAAUAUUGCUUAGCUAUUGGAUGUCAGAAUUUUUUUCCACUACAGCAGCACAGAGCUGCAGUUCCUAAAUGACGACAUUGUGCAGCCAGUGGUUUUCAUUGGUCCGUUUGGAUCAUUACCCAUGCACUGGAAUAGAAUGUAUUAAAAUAGUGAGCCCCUCUUAUGGAAGGCUAUAAAUGUGAGUUGGAAACCUGAAAAGUGAUGUCUGUUCGUGCCGAAUAAUUGUCCAAAAAUUAAAGAAAAUGGCAGAGCUGGAAACAUUCUCUAAUUUAUCACAAGUCAGUUUAAUUUACAGGGUUAUUUACUGAAGUGAGUAUUGUUGCGAAUUCCAAGAACUUAAGGCCAAAGUAGCCAAACUGGAAGCAAAGCUGACUUGGAGAAUAUUUCCAUUUUGACUCUUUUAGACUUAAAGGGACACCAUAGGCAUCAAAACUACUUUAGCUUAAUGAAGCAGUUUUAGUGUAUAGACAAUGCCCCUACAGUAUCACUGCUUAUUUAUCUGCCAUUAAGGAGUUAAGUCACUUUUGUUUCUGUUUCUGUUUAUAAAGCCCUAGGCACACCUCCCUUGGCUAUGAUGCACACAGCCUUCAUGAAUAACAUGGUUUCAUUUUGAAUCAGCUAUUCAUUUACUUUAAAAUUGUUUAUUCUGCUCUGUAAAUAAGAAAUUCAAAAUUAAACAUACUGUGCUAAAAAGAAAGUUCAAACAUUAGAUUCCUCUUUACAGGAAGUGUUUAGGAAGGUUGUGCAAGUCACAUGCAGGUUGGUGUGAACAGGGCUUCAUAAACAAUGUGGUUUAACUCCUAAAUGGCAGAGAAGUGAGCAGUUAUACUGUAGGGGCAUGAUCAGUGUGCAGGGGCAUGAUCUAUGUACUAAAACUGCUUCAUUACACAUAAGUUGUUUUGUUGCCUAUAGUAUCCCUUUAAAUUUGAAAUUAACUUUGAAUUUCUGAUAAUCCUUGCUAGUGAAUAACCUUGUUAGUGUUAAGUAAAUAAAUCCUACAUCUUAUUUUUGGAACUGGCGAAAGUGAAAUAAACCAAAGUGGCUCUGUCUGCAAGGGACAAUUAGAAUGAAGUCAAC